UUUCUUUCUGUGCCUAGCUUCUGACAUCACUCCAUUGCAGUUUUUUUAACCUUCACAUCCCUCUCAUUCUCUGUCACCAAUUCUGUGUUUCUUUAUAUAUAUAUUUUUUUUUAUCUCUUAUUUAAUUUCUGGGUUUGCUAUAGGCAGUCCUUUUGUUGGGAUCUCCACAGUGGUAGCUGAGGAUGCAUGCAUCAGGAAACUAAUAAAAUCAAAUAUAAAAAAAAACAACAACCAUAUGCUUGAUUUUCUGGUCUUCUAGAACAAAAUUGAAUUAUUUUGUGCUAACAAGUAAAUAUUUAUAUUUGGAUGUCACUAUUACAUGCUAAAACCCAAAAUUUUCUGUGAUAAUAUGAAUUUCAAUUUAAUUAAUUAACACUAACCGAAUACUGAAUUGUUUGUUUUUACCCAUCUUUCCAAAUUUUAUAAAUAAAUGAAAUAUAUAUGUAUUUUUUAAAAAAUAUUUGAUUCUUCUACAGAACAGCAGCUAGCCACAUAGUGCCAAAUUGUGUUCAGCUACAUAUAUAUAUACAAUCACUCUUGAUUGGCCCAUGCUGCUAUCUGUUCAGAAUUGGGGCAUUUUACAUAUAAUAAUAAUAUUACACUGUAAAAUUAAAUAUGUAUGUGCUCUAAAUUAAGGCCCAAUCCACUGCCUGCUGCAGAGAUCAUAAUAAUUAGGUGAUUCCAACCAAUGGGAAGUAGUUAAAUUCCUAUUUAAUUUUCUCAACACAAUCCAGUUUUUUGCCCCUUUUCUGUGCAAUUGAGUUGAGUCCUUGAGGGUGGCAGGUGUCCAAGUCAAGCAAUUUUCAAAACCCACUUUGAAAUUUUUGUUUUGCCUUAAGUACUUAUUAUUGCAAUCUGAAGCAUCAUGGGCAGAAGAUAGGGUUAGUUGCCUUAUUAAGGAUAUGUUGUCCUUUUGGUUUGGAUGGGGUUUAGUGGGUCAUAAUUGAAGUAGUUAGGGAAAGCUUUGUUAAGGGGAAUCUUUUGCUAAUACUGGUAAUGAAAUGUUGGGGGAAGAAGAAGAAAAGGCUUAUCUCUUCCACAUUAGUGUUUAUCCGUUCUAUAGGCUAUAAUUAGCUAGGCCAAUAGAGAUUAGAGAGAAGUCCAAAUUUGUGAAUAUGUGUUAAUAUGUGUUUAGUGCAGCUGUUGACAGUAAAUUCACUAGCCAGAUGGUUAAUGAGGAAUACCAAAGAUUAGAGUUCGUUUUGAGUAGAUCGGGAUAGGAGUUUGGGAGAAAUGUUUAAGCGGAUGUGGUUGAUUAUCGUUGUUUGUUGGUGUUGGAUAUGCCGACUAUCUUUAUCUAGUAAUAAAUUUGAGAAAAUGGUAGAUAUAUAUAUGUACGUGGUUUGAUCAUUUUUGGUGAUGAUUAUCCUUAUAUUAUCCUUUAAGAAAAUGGGUGUAUAUAUAUGACCUUGCUGUUUCGACCAAGGCAAUUAACUUCGAUUGAUAACAAGAAUGUUUGGAGACACGCGGAUUCGAACUCUUUUGUUCGUUCGAUCUUCUCGGAUUUGGAGGAUUCCUAUGGAGAGGCGCAAGGUGGCUCCGUUAUCUAUAUUUCAGCGUCCAAGUUAGUACGAUAUAAGAGAUGUUUUUAUGUGAUUGUAAAGAGAACCACAGAGAGAUCGAUAAGGUAUAGAGAGAACCAUCUAUGCUUGAAAGUGUGGUAAGGAGAGGAGACUUUAAACCACCAGUGCAAACUUUAAACGCAUGGAUUGGUUUUCGUUCCGAGUUAUUUGAAUCAACAGGUUAUUGACAGCGGGAAGGAUAGUUUGUGGCGGAGGCUAGGAAAGGUACGUACCUGGGAAAAGAGGAUUGGCAGCUGAUGAAAGGGAAAUAUGGCUGGUCGUGAGAGAUGUUACCCCCUGAAAAAAGCAGUAAAUUCAUUUUGCCACUUUCUCCAUUGGCAGUGGUGGUGGAGAGGGUAAAAGUGAAAGGCAAAUGGUGAAAGUCACGUCGCUUUUACAUGGGAUGAUUAUGAUGCAUAUACAAAAUACAAUUUAUGAAGAAUGGUGUGUGUUUGAAUCCCCCAGAUAUGUUCAUAUAUUUUAACUUGGAGUUGAGACUACAUUUGUACAUGCGUAUGCUAUGUAACCCUAUUGGAGGUCGUAACAAUUAAGUAAAUGGUUCGAUAGUAUGUGUUCAAAUCAUGUUUCAUUCGUUUCAUAUAGAUAAAAUCCGAUAUAAGGUUAAAGCCCAAUAGACAGUUUUUCCGGUCGGACCGUUGGUACGAUACGAUUUAGCAAACACUAUGUAAUACCACUCGUGUAAAAGGCAUCAAAGAACGUAUAUUUCAUCAGCUAUACAUACUUUAGCGUAAAUUAAUACAGGAAUCUGAGAAAUAUCUCACGUUAAAAUCUACAUUUUUACCAAAGUUCCUGUGAAGAUCGAAGCAAAUGGAGUGAGGUUAAUGCUCUAAUAAUGUAUUGUUUUUCUUCAAAACUUUUCCACCGAUCGACCUUUAGCUCUUUUUCCUUAGUUCACAAAGCACAAGGAAAUAAAAAGAACAAUUGUUUUUGUCAACAAGGCAGACAAACUCAUUGGUAUGGUUUCUUUCCCGGCCACUUUGGAUAUUAUCAAGAGAGGAACAAGCAAACAACUAACUUUUCUAGACCAUAUAAAAUGUAACAUUAUAUGUUUUUUCCUAAUCCCAAUUUGUUUCCCUUUAAGCAUACAACAUUAGUGGAGAAGUAAAGGAGAUCAAAUAAUAAUGAUAAAUAAUCUCAACCCCACCCUAAAGUGAAAGUUAGCUAUGAAACAAAACAAAACAAAACCCACACAGCAAAAUGCUUUUCCUUACGCAAGAUCUGGAAAAAAAAGUAAUCGCGAGAUCAUCGAUCCAAAUGGAUUCAGAAUCGUUUCAAGAACAUAGUUGUUUGACACGCUUUCACCAACCAGAUGAAUUGAAAACUCAGCUUUUCAGUUGUCACUAUGUAUUAGCUGGCAGCACUACUUAAUUAAGGGAACAUCUUGAUUGGAUUAGGUGUGUAAAAAGUUAAACCUAAAGUACUAAUUAGUGAGAUAGAAUUUUGAUCAGAAGCUUGCCACCACACCAAUUUUGGUUGAGGAUGACCUGUGUGGCACAGAAGCAACUGCAUGUUAAUGUGGGGUGGGUGCCCAUAAAGUAAGCAAAUUAAUUGAUUAGGGGCCUAGGUGGACUAGGGUGGGCAAUGGUCCGAUCUAAUUCAGAUUGAAUUAUACCGUGAAUUGAAUUGGAUUGAAUUUAUUUUGAUUCUAAUAAUUAUUGAGUUGUAAUUGAAUUUUGGUCUGUUUGAUCAUCAAUUUUCCUUUCAAAUUGGUCCAAUCUUAUCUAAAUUCAAUCAGAUUCUAGACCGAAUUGACUAAUACCUGCUUUAGAGGUGGCCAAAGCUAGCUAGUUAGGUGGCCAUACUAAUUAAAAACAAAGACUCCAACCAAACCCUCUCGUGAGUACUGUUGCAGCUGUGCUGUUCUUGCUGGCUUCGACCUUUUAACAUUCCAGCUAAUCAAGUUGACAACCAUAAAGAAGAAAGGAAAUAUAUAACCCUAGAUAGCAAGUACACAUUUUUUUUUUUAAACCAUAGUAGACAUUAUUGGUUUCAUUAAAUGGCUUUUAGUUUUAUUCUGUCGGCCGGCCAGCGGCCAAAAACAUUUGGCCGGCGAUUGGCAACAGAAAAAUGGGAUGGGAAAGCUAGAGUUGGUUUUGAACUGAGAAUCAAUCCCUAGCUCUGUAGAAACAACAUGAUCUGAUUCAGAAACAUUUCAGCCCUAACAAAGACAAAAAGGUUUACACUUACCUUUUCUUCUUUAGGUUGAUCCACAAAGGGUCUCUUCUUCCUUUCAAGUCGGGCUUGUCUUCAAGCUCAAAUUGAACAAAACCCAAAGAUCUGCAAAAUGAACAAGAACUUACCGUCAGAAAAAGAAACCCUAGCUCUAAACUUGGCCCCCUUGUGUUAUAUAUUGUCAUGAACCAGUUGCUCCCAAUAACUCGAGUUGUUGGGAGAGGUUCAAUCGUGGAUCUUUUACUACUCUCUAACAUGCCCCCUCAAACGAAAGCCAACCCAUGAGCUUGAAGUUUGCACAGGCCCACCAUACCAUGUGCUUGAAAGACAACGGUUAAUAUUGGGGGUCGUGGAGAUUCGAACACAUGACCUUUCGGUUCUAGACUCUGAUACCAUGUCAAGAACCAGUUGAUCCCAACAACUCGAGUUAUUGGGAUCAACUGGUUCUUGACAUAUAUGAUCUAAACUCACAAAAAUCUAAAUCAUCAAAAUGGAUGUGUUGGGUAAUAUGGGUUUAUAUUAUCAUCUUAUAUUUUGUAAGAUAAGAAAAUGUAAGACAGUAAGGAAGAUUCACUAGCAUGUGAAUUAGCUAAUUCAUGUGCGUGAGAGAUAUCAGUUUCAUUAUACUUGAGAAAGAUAAACAUUACAAAAAGAUGAGAAGAUAUAUAUAACACUUUUUUGGACGUGUCAACUCUAAUUUAACAUCGAAAAAGAAAAGAAAGGUUACGGAGCAAAUCCAUAACAAUAAAAACAUCCUUGUGACUUCCAAUAGAUUACAUAUAAUCUG